CUUGAGCAUCUCCUGCACCACUUCUCUCCGUCAGUCCUCAACAUGCUCAGGUAGGACUGACUUCAGGGGGCAAUUUCAUAUCUGUGGCUCCUUCUGCUCCUGCAUCUCACCGCUGUGCCUCGUUGCUGAGCCUGUCUGUCUCCCAACACGGAGGGGAGUGAAACAUGGCCUUCCACAGCUCUGGUUUGACAAGAAAGCAACCGUGGCAUCUAUCGAUGUGGGCAUACUCCCCUGUCUGGAUGGCCCUGCUGUCCCUCCUCCUCGCUCCAGCACUUGGACAACUAGACCUCAAUCGAUUGGAUGGUGAUACCGUCUGCCCACCAAUAAGAAGCGGACAAGAUGACCUUCCAGGUUUUGAUCUGAUCACCCAGUUCCAGCUAGAUGUGAUCUCUCUGAAAGGUGUGAGGAAGGUGGACGGCUCCACUGCACUCCAGGUGGCCUACCGCCUCGACAGGGAGGCCAACUUCCAAAUUCCAACCAUGUUGAACUUUCCUCGUGGCUUCCCUGACGAGUACUCUUUCAUGGUCACCUUCCGCAUGAUAAAGAACACAGUGAACAAGGUGUGGAAUGUUUGGCAAAUAGUGGACGAAGAUGGCAACAAACAAGCCGGACUGAGGCUGAAUGGCGACCAGCAGGCUCUGGAGUACUUCCUGAUGGGCGCUGACGGCAACCUGCAGACCGUCACCUUCCCCGGCCUUUCUGUGCUCUUCAACACAAAGUGGCACAAGGUGAUGAUUGGCGUGGAGCGCGACCAGGUGACUCUGUACGUGGACUGCCAGCCUGUGGAUCAGAAACCCAUCAAGGGCAAAGGCCCCAUCAACACAGAGGGAGACACUCUUAUUGGCAGGCUGGAUGCUGAUCCCGACGCCUCCGUAGUGUUUGAACUCCAGUGGAUGUUGAUUCACUGUGACCCAAAGAGAGCCCAGAGAGAGAGCUGCAAUGAGCUGCCUGCCACCGAGAUGUAUGCCAAUGCUGAGCCCGACAAAUCAGUCCAAGGCCCCCCAGGAGCCCCUGGCCCAGAGGGCCCCCGAGGGCCCGCAGGAGAAAAUGGCAGAGAUGGAAGAGAUGGUCUUCCAGGUUCUACUGGCAGCCCAGGAGUCCCUGGCAGCAAAGGGGAGCAGGGGGAGAUCGGUCUUCCUGGUCAGAGAGGCCUGCCUGGACUUCCAGGAGCUACUGGUUCUUCUGGCCCAAUGGGUCCCAGAGGGCCUGUAGGGGAGAGAGGACUUCCUGGCUUUCCUGGACCUCCAGGUCCUCCUGGCCCAGCAAGUGAAGGACCCGCUGGACCACCGGGGAAACCAGGAAUCCCAGGAGACGAAGGAAACAUCGGGCCUGAGGGUCCACCUGGACCCAGAGGGGUACCUGGCAUUGCAGGGCCUGCUGGCCCUCCUGGUCCACCAGGGCCUGCGGGACCGCCUGGUGCCAGCAAUGAGGGAAGUGGGGAAGCUUGUCCUGCUGCCUGCCCUGCUGGACCACAGGGAAUGCCUGGGCUACCAGGGAUGAAGGGACACAAAGGCUUGCCUGGUGAGCCUGGAAAAGAUGGAGAACCUGGAGAGAAGGGAAAAGAUGGAGCGCCUGGUCCUCAGGGGCCACCAGGUCGCAUGGGAGAUGAUGGGCAAAGAGGGGCCAUUGGAUUCCCUGGAACCACGGGAGAAAAGGGAGACAGAGGUCCUCCUGGUUUCAAUGGUGUCCCAGGACCUACGGGCCCACCUGGAGCUCCUGGCGUGGAGGGAAUCCGUGGACGUCAGGGUUUUGAGGGACCUAAGGGCGACAAUGGAGCUGUGGGACCUCAAGGGGAGCAGGGUCCUGCAGGGGAAAAAGGAGACGUUGGCGAGCCUGGUAAAAACGGCUUGGAUGGACUUCCUGGAGUUGAUGGAGCUAAGGGAGAGCCCGGCACUCCUGGAGCUGUUGGUGUCAGGGGGAUUGUGGGUAUUCCAGGGCUGCCAGGGAAGCAGGGAGUAGUUGGACCCACUGGUGCAAAGGGUGAUACUGGUGCUGAGGGAUCCAUCGGGCCAGUUGGACUUCCUGGAAAGACUGGUGAGCCUGGAAAACCUGGAGAAGAUGGGAAACCAGGAGAAAAAGGAGCAACCGGUGAAACAGGAAAACAAGGGCCAGUGGGGCCUGCAGGUCCUCCAGGCAUUCAGGGUGAGACAGGAGACAAAGGUGACACUGGUGCCAAGGGGAUGAAGGGUCAUACUGGACACAAAGGUGAUCAGGGGCCUAUGGGACCAAUAGGACCAAAAGGAAGUCAGGGGGACCCAGGUCUGGCAGGAGAUAUCGGGGUCAAGGGAGACCAGGGCCCUCCUGGUGUUACUGGAAUGAAAGGAGAGCGUGGAGAGAAGGGCCAAAGAGGAGCUACAGGAGAUGAUGGCAGACCAGGCCAGCCGGGUCACGAGGGUUUGGCUGGUCCAAUGGGAGCUCGAGGGCUGGAGGGAGAACCAGGCCUUCCUGGAACACCAGGCCCAAGAGGUCUACCUGGCCCAAAAGUGAGUGAUGAGAAGCUUCGGGAAAUGUGCUCAGCCGUUGUUGAAGAACAAUUAGCAGAGUUUAAGAAAGAGUUUCUGAAGAAGCCAGCAGCCAUUGGUGCCCCUGGUAUUCCUGGACCGGCAGGCCCUCCCGGCCCCCCAGGAGCAGCCGGAGUGGCAGGAGCAGCAGGAGCCCCAGGGCUGAUGGGGCCCAAAGGCCAUCCAGGCUUCUUUGGACUUCCAGGCGCACCAGGCAAGAAAGGGGAUGCUGGGGAGAAGGGAAAUAAGGGAGACAAGGGAGAGGACGGUGUAGGAAUCAAAGGAAGCCCAGGCGCACCAGGUAUACCAGGUGCCCCAGGCGCUCCUGGUAUUGGCAAGGAUGGCAAAAAUGGAGAACGUGGUGAGAAAGGAAGUCCUGGUGUCCCAGGAGCAUCCGGUCCAAGGGGACCUUCAGGGCCGCCCGGGCUUUGUGAUCCAUCAACCUGUAUAAGCAGACUUCCACCUUUCUAUAUGGUCAGUGGAAAGAAGUCUGCCGGCUACAAAAACCCAUGAGACCUCACUGCUCAUUGAAACGCUCCAGAUCUCAUCCUGCAGUGACCACGUUUAAGGGCUUCUCAGAAGUCCAGGCGUGGAAAUCUUUGGGAGUCUUCAAAUGUCUCCAUCUGAACCACGGAUCUAAGGGACGCAAAGGGAAACAGAGACAAGGCACAAUUGUAGAAUACUGUAUAGACAUUUUAACUUGUAUGUGAUUUUAGUGAGAGCUUAUCUAAUGUUCAAAGAUAGCUGCUACUGAUGCCAAAGCAACUUCCUCCAGCUGACGACAGGUGCGCAGGGCCGCGAGUUGUCCCGUACAAAUCUAUGCAGUUACAACUGCUGACCCCCCACCUUCAGUAAAACACAUAUGAGCAGGUUGUAAAGUAUUAUAAAAAUACAUCUCUCUGAUUUCCUCUUAUGCAUGUACUUUUUCAUCCUUGAAUAAGCUCCCUGAGAAAGUUGCUUCUACUCUUUUAGCUACAUGUAAAGCCUACUGCAUACCAGGUACCAUUUUGACCCACUGAUUCUCCACUGCAGUCAUGAGCCAGCUAGGAACAGAAUAUGGUGAAGUGGAACUAUGUUUUAAGUUUUUGCUUCCAAAACAAUAUUGCAAAAAAUGUUCACAUUAACAUCUUCUAAUUUCACUACAAGUGCAGACCUGAACUGACAUCUCCAACAAUGUGCUUUUUCAUUUAGGAUCAUACAUUUGUUUUGCCUGAUUUUGUCAUAUUAAUGUUCUUUUUCAAACAAUGUAAUAAAGUGAUAUGUUUUGGAA